CCAACUUCCAAGCGGCCAGCCGUUCACUUGUUCUUAGUGCCUCGACCGUUAGCACAGCCUACUACCGCAAGAAACAAGCGACUCCACGAAAAUAACAAAUAUAACAAUGGACAAACGAUGCCAACUGUUGCUGUUGUCGCUGGCCGCUGCUGUGGUGGCUGUACAGGGGCAACACGAAAAUCACAACCACGAGCAACACAGGUCGACUUUCGACGUGAACCAGUACCAAUUCGAGUGCCAUCACGGCGUGAACGAGUGCUACGGCAACAAGAUCCAGGCGUGCGCAUUGAAAUUGAUCGACGGCGGAAAUAAUACGCCCGACUUCGGCUUCAACAAGGUGUCGCUCGGCUUCAUCAACUGCCUCAUGGACAAGGCGGACAAGAACGCCUCCAACUACUUGGCGAUGUUCGGAAGCAUGACAGACGCCGUCCAAAACCCCCUAAAAUCCGUCCCUACCAUCGUGUUCAACAACCAAUUCAAGCAGGCCGAUACCGACAUGGCGCAGACGAACUUUGUGAACGCCCUGUGUCAAUACAUCCACGGAGACCAGCCGGCAGAGUGCACUAGGAACGGAGCUUACAGUCCCCAAGUUGGAUUGGGACUGUUGCUUUUGGCUGCGGUGCUGAGAUUCUGCUAGGAAGGGGCCAUUUUUCUUUAAAGUCGUCAAAGUUUCGUCAUUCUUCUUCCACGUCCAUGUCCAUUCACCAAGUAUAGUACAAGACUUAUUCCACACAUGAAAACCCGUUGGGAGGACAAGCAAAAAGUAGUGUAUUCCCGGAAACAUUCGGCUGAUUGUUAAUAAUUUCGCGAAUGACUUUGUUUAUCAAAACGAGCUGGAGUAUGUCAAUCGACGAAUAUUUCUAGGAAAAAUAUCAUCGAGUUGUAUUCGUUUGAAUAUUUCAUGAUUGAGACAAUAAACGAGCGCCUCGCGAGAGUUACGCACACUGCAUCCAUCAUUCUGGCUGCCAACAUAAUUGACGUUAUAAACGUCGAAAAUUUCAUGAACAUCGCAACAGUAAAAACACAGGAGCUUUUUUUCCAUCGGAUAAAUUUCUCUUGGUAACGAAAAACAUUUGCCGAUCAGUAAUUUUACGAGAAAAACUCACAUAAAAAAUUGCGACCGUAGGUCAAGCAAUUUUGUCUAAGGUCAGUUUUUCGAGAGAAAUAACUGAUGGAGAAUGUUUGAGUGUUUUCUGGCAAGAUAAAUCAACGACAAUAUACAAAUAAACAACAAUAAUGAUUACCUUCAAUGAUUCCGUAUAACUGGUAGUUUGUGGAAUUGAUUUUCUCAUAUUUUCAUGGUUUUUUCAGACGAAAUUUUCCUAAAACGGCUCAUCUUGCUAAUUUACGCGUGAACCAUACCCAUCAAUCAAACUUGACACGACAGAAAAUGGAAAAAGGAGCGAUAAAAAGGUGCAUUCUUUUUUUAUCGAUGUCAAAAUGACUCACGUUGUCGUCAAAUAGCGUUUUCCGUGUAGGAGUUGAUUUAUCGCUGAGAAACGAUGUAGGUUGGUCACGUUGCGGGUCAAUUCGGCUUCUGUAUUGGUAGAGCAAGUCUGAUAAAUUUUAGUAAACAAAAAAUAUCGCUGGAAUACAGCAGAAUCCGUGAAAAUGGUCGAUUCUGAUUGGUUCUCGAGAGGAAGAGUGGAAUAGUCAACAGUAAAAACACAAGAGCUUGUUUUCAUCGGAUAAAUUUCUCUUCCGAACGAAAGGAAUUUGCCAAUAAGUAAUUCGAGCAAUAUUGUCUGAUGUCAUUCAAAAUGUUUCAUUUAUGAAAUAUUGAAACUUCCAAUUUGAUUGAUUGAUUGUAUUUUGUACUCAAAAAACAUAGUUUUUGAAAUAAGGGUUUAAACAAAAUAUACAGGGUAUUCAUUAGUUCGAUGCCAAUACUCGAGGGUGAUAUAUUUUGGAUAAUUUGAGACAAAAAGUUCCCUAAGUGCAGGGUGUUCAAAAAUGAGAAGAUGACUUUCACCCAAUAUUUUCGAAACACCUUUCGAUAUUUCAAUAAAAAAAAACGCGAUAAAAUUAUAAUCUCCCUAUCCUCCCUAGGUAUGCACGAUUUUCUCCGAACAUAGGGAUUCCCUUUCAUGCGCUCCAAGCAAUGAAACAAAAAUCAAUUCAAGUUUGAUAGUUAGGUUAAAAUCCGAAAAAAAAAUAACUACUUUAGGCUGACUAUUUCAUGAAUUUUUGUUUUACUCAUCCUGAAAGAACCCAAAUUUUUGUUUUAUUUUCGAGGACAAAAAGUUCAAUUUGGCUGGUAUAGUCAAUCAAUAGAAAAAAAAAAACCGAGUUUUCAUGUGUUGAAUAACUUCUGAGUCUAUACUUCAUUCCCUAUAUGUAGCGUGAGAGCGUCUUCUUGCUGCCAAUUUUCAAACUUCUAAAUUCAAUUCGCAGAAGGCACUGAGUGACACCUUCCAGUAUUUUUGUGUCUUGGUUAUUUUGUGUCGUGAGGAGACUUGGGAUACGCACUGUAUAAUCCCUUUGAUGUGAGAUAUUUAUCAUUCCGCCUUAAAAAAGUACUUUGAGACAGCUACUUAAAAUUUUACACUAUUUUGUAUAUUGCUAUGAAGCCAAAAUUGUUAUUUUGUAGCCUAGUUAUAGCAAUAUUAUAUAUACCUACCUAGUAUAUUAUGAAAAAUGAGAUUAGAUAUACAAUUUUAAAAAGAUCUGAUGUUGGUGUCUGAAAUUGUUAUUUUUAUUAAAAUAACAUUUUAAACUC